UGCAGGAGGAGGGGUGCUGGUUUGGGAUUGGCCAACCAGGUCACAAGAUGAUGAAGUAUAAAAAAAAAAAAAGAAAAACAUUGAAAGCGUCUCUCUCAUUCAGAGCAGCAGCUGCAGCUUCAGGAGGUUUUAACUCUGCAAAGAUGAGUGAAUCACUGGUGGUGUGCGAUGUGGACGAAGAUCUGGUGAAGAAGCUGAAGCAGUUUCGUUUCCGGAAGGAGACCAACAAUGCCGCCAUCGUUAUGAAGAUUGAUAAAGACAGGCAGCUGGUUAUUCUUGAAGAGGAACAUGAGGAUAUUUCUCCUGAUGAUCUAAAGGAUGAACUGCCUGAGAGACAGCCGAGAUUUAUUGUCUACAGUUAUAACUACCAUCAUGACGAUGGACGUGUCUCCUACCCUCUCUGCUUCAUCUUCUCCAGUCCAGUGGGUUGCAGACCAGAUCAGCAGAUGAUGUAUGCAGGAAGCAAAAACAAGCUGGUGCAAACUGUUGAACUGUCCAAGGUGUUUGAGAUCAGAAACACAGAGGACCUGACGGAGGAAUGGCUCAGAGAGAAACUUGGGUUCUUCGGCUAAAGUCGUCUCAUCCGGUGGUCUGGGAUAUGAGGAGGAUCCAGAUUGCACAAUCUCUUGGGGGAGAACACACCACAGUUAACGUUUCCCUCCUCUCUGUACCAGACCUGAUUUAAAUACCUUCUGUUACUCAGUUUUAGGCCUCUUUGGUGGUAGAGUUUACGGCAUAUUACAAUUCAGCGUGACACUAACUAAACCUCACCUCGUCUGGCAGCCUAAAACCGAACACACUAUUUGACGCAGGUCUGCUUUUGUCUCCCACACGAUCUCUCCAUGUGCCAGUUACGUGUCUGUAUUGAAUUAACACUCCCAUAGCUCUUCAAGUGGACAGAAAUUGAUAGUUGUCAUCCGCCCUUCCUAAGCGUGUUCAUCCAGGAGAAUUCAAAGGUAUUUUAACAACGGUUUCUGUUUCCUUCAGUAGUUUACACUCACCUUUUUAUGUUUGAUCAUUUUUCAUAAUUUGAGUCUUACUUUUAGAUUAUUUUUCUGGUGUAUGUAGAGUGAUGUAAGCAUAUACUUUAUAGCAGUAAUUUCCUUUUGUUGUGGAAAAUACACUUCCUGCCAGAACAGCUGAACAAUCAUAGAUAUUCAGAGAACAACAUACUAUAGAGUUCAGCUUUAGUCUUUCUUUCAGUAUUCAUUUAAGGGCAUUUAAAUUAUAAUUAAGGUAACAAACUGCAGUCUACAAAGACCAUUCCUACGACUUAUAUGUGAUGUGUUGUACCUUCUCCUGUGCACAUGAACAAGCUGGCAGAGGCCCUCCUUGAGUGGUGGUGGAUUUGCCCGUUAGUCCAUCUUCAGAUCAUCAUCUUUUCAUCUGUUUAGAGAGAAAACAGCGUGACUCAUGGGUAAAGCUGCAUUCUGCCUUUGACCUACUUAUUUGUUAUGAUGAUAUCACACUCCUGAAAACAAUAAUUCCACUGAAACAUUCCAAACUGAACAGUUUAUAACUCACAACAAACCUCAGUCUCUGGCGACCAUGACAGUCUUGAAAACACUGCACACACACAGGGGGGCGCUACCUGCCCUCUUUUUAACCUACUGGGCUACUACUCUAUAACUGGGUCACUGUGUCUUUAGGGAGAUUGUUAGCUAAUAUAUGUGCAUUAGAGCUAUUGCCGUUAUUAGUGUUUAUGAAUGUUGUGCUUCAUUCUGAUGUAAAGCCACUUUGAUAGCUAAGUGGUGGUCGCAGCCUCGACAGUGAUGGCUGUGACUUCUCCAAAUGCCAGUUGUGCUUAAUAUAUAUACUUGGUAGGUAACGGGCAGCAUGGGGGCAAUUUACAUUUUCCAUACAGAACAGGGUUUUGACCAAUUUAGCUUUUUGAUUGAUCUUUGUGUAUUGAAUCUGUCAGCAGCUCAUAUUUUGUGCCAAUAUCUAAUAGCUACAGUGCAGUCUGUAAGUAUUUAUACAGUUGCACUUUUUUUUUUGUUGCGUUUGAUCUGUAUUCAUCUGACAAAUUUGAGUUUUCAGCACAUUUCGAACCCAAUGUGCUGGAGUACAGAGUUAAAACAACAUCAAAUGUGUCACUUUUCCAAACACUAACGGACUCUAUUUGGCUAUUUUUCAUGCCCAAAAGUGACAGCUCUUCCUUAUUUCAUGCUGACGAUCCUCUAAAACAGCAUUUAAAUCAAUCCAACACACUAAAACUCCAAACCAGUUGCUAAUACUUUAAGGAUUAGCGCCUCUUAGCAGCAGGGCGGCCAGCCCCAGAUACUUAAAGCUACAUAAAAUGUACUUAAAGGGCUGGUUUUAUGUGAGCGGUGAGAGAGAAACUUCCAUUAUACAGGUUUCUGAUUCUUAAUAAAAGCUUAAUAUCAGCUCUGUAUAUUGGUCUGACCUUAAUAAAGAAUAAUAGGCACAAAUUAAUUCCACAUGUUCGCUCACUAGUGUCUUUUCCUAUUGAGAAACUCCUACUUUGGAAACAGAUAAGGGAGCGUAAGCCCCAAGUAAUGUAUGAUGUCAUACUGCUAAGUCUACCAUACCAAUGCCUUUUCUUAAUUUUUUAUUUUGUCAUAUUUACGUCUCUUUUUUAAAAAAAAAUUGCAAGGCCAAAAUAUAAACAUGACACAUAUGUUUUGGGAAAAAAAUAUUUUAUUGGAAAAGCUACUUUCUGAUCUAUAAAAUCCAAAAGAUAUCAUCUUUUUUCUAUUUAAGUGUAAUCUAACUCAAAGAUAUGUAUGCACAAUCAAAACAUUUCAUGUUAAUCAUCUAUUGAUGUUUAUUAAUCAUUACUGAUUUACAUGUCAGGGCAAGGUUUAAUGCAACAGGAACAAUGGGAUAUAACUGUAAGCACUUGUUUUGCUGUAUACUAAUUUACCAUCAAAGCUAAUAUCAGCUUGAUAUUUGUCAGUAUUAUGCUGCUGUAGCAGAAAAACAUAACUAAACUCAUGUUUGUAAUAGUUUCUGUUGUUACUUGAGUUGAAGUUAUACGAUAUCCUUUAUGGGUAAAGAAAGUUUUAUGACCCUACGACCUGCAAAACCCUUUCAAAACUUGUGGUAAAUUUCCAAAAAUGCAGUCAAUCUGAAAUCAAGGAUGUCUAUCUUUAUAUUUAAACAUGCAAUGUACUGAUAUUGAUGUGAAUAUAAAAACAUAUUCAGCUGUUAGAUUUUUAAAACUACAUUUUUAAAACCUCUGAAAUGUGGAGAGCUACUGUAAAAGAAGUGCAUGCUUUAAUGACUGAAUGUUUUUCAUAAGCCUGACAGAAAUGUCCUAAUGACAUAUUCAAGAAUGUGCUGCUCUGUUGCAUGCAUUUAAAAAUUAUUAAGUUAACUUAAUUAGUUAUUUGCACACAAAUUCUUUAAAAAGGGGCAACACUUGCAUCUCAAACAUCUGGUCUCAGCUGUGUUCUUACUCUAUCUGAAGUAUUUCAUACGUUCUUUGAAGAAACCCUCUGCUACUGCUGUUUUUCAUGGAAAUGGGUUGUAAUAGACUGUCCAUUGAUCAUUUAUCAAUCAAAAUCAAUCUCCCCAAUAUAUGGUCUACAUAACUAAGAGUUCCCCUUGGUUUUGAGCCAUGUAUCUGGUUAUGUCCUGUGGAUCUAGUAGCUUUGCCUCCUAUGUGGUGAACCUGUUGUAUAUUUGGCCUCUUGAGUCUUUUACUUCCAACUUGCAAAUGUGUUGUUCAGCUCUUGGCGUCCUCUCUGCUUACUAUUCUAUUUCCUUUUUUAAUAAAAACACCUGAGACAUGUAUCAUUACCAGCUGCCUCAUGGCAUCAGUGAAACUUGAGAUAUUUGUAUUUUCCCAUACUUUAUAAAGUGUCUAUUGUCCUAUUGUCCAAAUAAAAUGACAGUGAUGUUUA